AGCUGUGAUUGGUCAAUCACGACUACAGAUAAGGGACGACGGGAGCUAGCGGGAAGGUUGAAUGAGUGUGCUAAUGACGACUCUAGUCAAGCAAUCGUCCAGUACCACNNCACCAAUCCUCGAGGCGAAGUAGGCAAGCACGGCAAAAGAAUUGCUUCGAGAACAAAGCAAAAACUCAACAUGCAUCCAAAAGAGUUCACUUCUGCAUCGCAGAUGGUCAAGUAUUUCUAUGAUGAGAGGUUUUAUGACAAGCCACUGAUAAGGCAGGGGGAUGUGCCAUAUCCACUUUUCCCGUCGGAAAGCUGUGGUUAUCUGUGCGCCCAAAGA